UUCAACCGUUCUUUUCUCCUUGCAACCCAACUGCCCUUUCUUCGUAAAUCGUAAGAACAGAAUAAAAAAAAAAAAAACCACCACUCACUAGAUAUAUAUAUAUAUAUAUUGUCGAUUCCUUUAGGAAAAUUAAAACAACCAUUUAAGUACCUUUGAUAUUUCAUCUUUUCGAAGAAAAUCACCGCGUUUUAAAAACUUUUCCAUUAUUUCUUCUAUCUUUAUUUUGGUGGAGAUGGCUUCCAAAGGAGCAACGAGCUCGGGAGGGGCCAAAGAUGGGACGUCCGAUUCAUCGUCUUCUUCCAAGAAGAAUUCCAAGAAACCCAAAUAUUCUAGGUUUACGCAACAAGAGCUUCCUGCGUGCAAACCAAUUUUAACGCCAGGAUGGGUCAUUACAACUUUUAUUGUUGUUGGCAUUAUCUUCAUUCCCAUUGGCUUUGCUUCCUUAUUUGCAUCAGAAUGGGUUGUGGAAAUUGUGGACCGCUACGAUGAGGAUUGCGUCCCUCGUAAUUAUACGUACAAUCAGCUUGCAUAUAUUCAAAGUAGUGAAACUAACAAGACAUGCACGAAGAGAUUGAUUGUUCCAAAGCAAAUGAAAAGUCCUGUCUAUAUCUAUUAUCAACUUGAUAACUUCUAUCAGAAUCAUCGUAGAUAUGUUAAGAGUAGAAGUGAUAAACAAUUGAGGAGCAGAGCCAGUGAGGGUGAUACAAGUUCCUGCAAACCGGAAGCCGUUGGUGGAAAUAAUUAUCCAAUUGUUCCUUGUGGCCUCAUUGCAUGGAGUUUAUUUAAUGACACAUACGGAUUUUCAGUGAAAAACAAGGCGCUAGAGGUCAGCAAAAAGAACAUAGCAUGGAAAAGUGACCAGGAGCAUAAAUUUGGCUCUGAUGUUUAUCCGAAAAAUUUUCAGAGUGGAGGUUUGAUUGGGGGUGCCAAACUAAAUGCGAGCAUUCCUUUGAGUGAACAAGAGGAUCUUAUUGUUUGGAUGCGAACAGCGGCCCUGCCAACUUUCAGAAAACUAUAUGGGAAAAUAGAGACAGAUCUUGAAGCUAAUGAUGAAAUAACUGUAGUAAUACAGAACAAUUACAACAUCUAUAGUUUUGGUGGCAAGAAGAGGCUGGUUCUUUCAACCACAAGCUGGAUUGGCGGCAAAAAUGAUUUCCUGGGUGUAGCAUAUCUUACUGUUGGUGGACUGUGCUUGUUCUUCGCUAUUAGCUUCAUAUUUUUGUACGUGAUCAUGCCAAGGCCUCUUGGGGAUCCAUCCUAUUUGUCUUGGAACAGAGGACAGGUGAAUUAAACCUUUUAAGAUACGCCCUGCCCUGCCUCUCAUGUGCAAAUUUUUGUGCCACAUUCUUAACUUAAAUGUAUAGUACAUGGAGCUCUGCUGCUAUCAAUAAUUUUCUUUUCUAAGAAGCAGGGUGCAUUGUUCUAAUUUGGUGCUCGGUUCAUUUCGGUUGUAACCCCUUAUAUUUUUCACAGAACAAGUGAGACUUACAGGCUCGAUUUCCUUGGGCUGCUGCAAUGCAUAUAGUUUUGUGGAUGAUUAAUAGACA